AUGGCGAGUCAAAAGAAUAUACUUGUCUUGGGGUCGACUGGAGGGUCGGGGCUGCAGACGGUGGCGCAGGCGCUUGAGAGAGGAUGGAAAGUGACGGUUGCCGACAGGAAGACGGAAAAGCUACCUACUAAACUGACGGAGAAUCCGAACUUGACUGUCUUCAAGAGCACACUCCCAGAGGCACCAGGCCACCUGGACCCACUCAUCGACCAAUUCGACGCCAUCAUCUCGCUGCUCGGCCCAAACAACACCAAAGGGAGUGGUGAUGAGUUGGAAAACUUCUACAAAUGGCUCAUCACUCGCCUACAUAAGAUCCCUCGCGCCCAGAGGCCGUAUGUGCUGGUUGUCGGGACACAGACGAUUCAAGAUCCGCAAGACGCGUUCCAGCUCAUCACAUGGGUCCACGUCCAAAUCAUCGGUUUUGUCGCCAAAGGUGCCAAGCACAUGAUUCUCGGGAUUGAACGGCAAUGGAAACCGUACUGCAUUGGGGAGUUAGCGAAAGACGGUGACCAGCAACUAGAUGUCUGCCUCUUCCGGCUGAACAUGGUGAAGGAUGGAGAGCAGCGUGAGGGUGCUCAUGCCGGAUAUGUAGGGAAGGGAGGCCAUAAGCCGCAGCUGGAGAGGAGUCAAUUGGCCAAGUGGUUGUUGGAUGAAUCUGAGCAGAAGAAGUGGGUGAGGACGUUACCGGCCAUUUGGGGUGAUAAUGUUGGACUCGCCAUGUCGGUGGUGGGUCAGUUUACGCAGACCAGAAAGGCUGGACAGGAGCAGGCGCAGUUGUAA